AUGUCAUUUGAACAUUUUAGCGCGCUCUCAAGAGAUUUUAGUAAAUUAUUAAAAGAAGCUUAUAAUCAUGAUGUAAUCAUAUACGUUGGUAAAGAACCAAAUAUUAAAACAUUUAAGGCGCAUUCGGGAAUAUUACGGAUUAGGUCACCUUAUUUUAAUACGGCAUUAUCAUGUCAAUGGGUAAAGAAAGAAGGAGAUUCCAUUGUUUUUAAUAAACCGAAUUUUUCAGCAUCGGUAUUUAGUGAUAUUUUGGAGUAUAUAUAUACUGGCACGAUGGCACUAUUAGAGAAAUCGGGAAAACAAUGUUUGGAAAUAUUGGUAGCAGCGGAUGAACUGUUGAUGAAUGAAUUACAUGAUCUUAUGCAAAGUCAUUUACUUGUAAAACACAAAUUAUGGUUACGGGAAAGUUUCGCAUUAGUUUAUAGUACAGCAGUUAAAUUGGAGGCUUCAAAAGAAUUACAAGAUUUUUGUCAUAAUAUUCUUUAUUCGGAACCAGAUGUUUUAUUAAAGGCGGAAGAUUUUACCACAAUAGAUCAAGAUACGUUGGCAAUAGUGCUAGAACAACGUAAUUUUCAAAUGAAAGAAAUACAAAUAUGGGAUCAUAUAAUUCAAUGGUGCAUGUCAAAGCAUCCAAAUGCUAGUAAUGACUUAACAAAAUGGACGACCAAUGAAUUUGGUGAAUUUGAAGAAACGCUUCGACAAUGGAUACAAUUUGUCAGAUUUUGUGAAAUCGAUUCAAAAGAAUUUUAUCAAAGGGUUAGACCAUUUAAAUCUUGUUUUUCUCAAUCAUUAUACGAAGAUUUAGAAUGUUUUUAUUACACGGGAAUACAAAAAGAAUCACUCACGUAUCUAUCAAAUAAUGCAAUUAGGUCAUCACUUAUAACGCAAGAUCAAAUUUCAAUGAUCGCAAAUUGGAUUGAUGGAGGCCAAAAACAUGGUGAUUUAUGGUGUGUAGAGAAUUUAUGUGAGGAUGAAUUAUGUUCUUCUGAAACAAAUUCUUAUAGACAAGGAAUUUGUGAUGCUAUCUUAAAAAGUAUGAUGGGAAAUGUAUCUUCUAGUAAAAAAUCUAGGAAUUUGACUUCAUUUGAUUCUAGAGCUUCAUUUUCUACAACAAGAAAUUCAUUUGGUUUGGGAAGUGAUUUUAAUAUUAAUAAUAAUACUUCUUCUUUAAUUAGAUUUAGUGUAGAUGAAUAUGAGGUGUUUCGUAUUAGUAAAACUGAUAUCGUUGAUGCGACCAUUGAUUCUAAAAAAUUUAGACGUGGUAAAAAAAGGUUAACCCUUGUUGAAAAAUAUCACACUCCUACGUUUGAUAAUGAAGAAAAUUAA